AUGCCUAACAAGGAUUCAAGAGUUUGUCAUCUACACUUCGUUGACGGUGAACCAGCGGCUGAAAACCCAGACCCAACUUUGCAACUUGGUCACAGCAAGAAAACGAGAGCCUCCAAAAGCCCACCACCAACGCCACGGGAUAACUCUCUUGCAGUAAGAUCCAGAAAACGAGCUAAGCUAGAUACAUGUAGCGAUGAAAUACCAGUACCUGGUCUUGACCACUCAGCUGAGAACCUGGCUUGUGAUGAUGUUGAGCUCCAAGACGCUGAGCCCUCUACUUCUAUCAAUGAUUGUGUUGACAUAGACAGAGCAUCCGUAAUUCAUGACCAUUGCUAUGUCUAUGGCUGGUAUGAAAUUAAUGAAAAUUCGAAUUUUUGCAUGAACACAUGUUGCUCGAAAAGCAGACAAGACAAAGAUAAAAAAAUCGUGGAACUUUCGGAGAAAAUACAGGAGCUAAGUGAAAAAGUGAAGUUGCUGGAAGUUCAACUUGUAGCCAAACAGGAUAAGGGAUUGAAGCAUUCAGAUCUGAGAAAUGACCAGACUGUAAAUUUACUGACUGGUAUCCCAUCAAAGCCUGCCUUUCACAAAUUAUUUGACUCUGUCAAAGGAUCUAUAAAAAAGUGAGAUACUGGGGUGGCCCUAAGAAAACAUCCAGAAAAGGCAGGAACUUUAGGAAAUCACCAAAAAAAUUUGGACCAAACCGGGCUCUUUCUCAAAAGGACGAGUUUCUUUUAACACUAAUGAAACUCCGUUUGGGAUCCACCAAUGCAGACCUUGCACAAAGAUUUGGAAUUUCACGAAGUACCUUAUCAACUAUUUUCAGCACAUGAGUCAAAAUUUUGGCUAAUGAAUUGAAAUGCCUAAUAUACAAUCCUAGCAUGGAAGUUGUUAAGAAAACACUGCCAAAGAAGUUCAAAAAACCAGGAUACUGCAAGGUGCGCCAUAUAAUAGACUGCACUGAAAUUUUUAUAGAGACCUCAAGCAACCCUGUAAUCAGAGCAUCAACGUGGUCAGAUUAUAAGCACCACAAUACUGCAAAAAUCCUAGUUUCAAUCACCCCAAAUGGGGCCUUCAACUUCAUCUCCGAGACAUGGGGUGGGCGCACCUCAGAUGUCCAUUUGACAAGGGAAUCAGAGUUUUACAACAUCCUUGAGCCGUAUGAUGCAGUAAUGGCAGAUCGUGGAUUCACUAUUGCAGAGGAUCUUUUGCUUCACAGAGCUGACCUUUUUAUUCCGCCAGGGAAACGUGGACAAGAACAGUUCACGAAAGCUGAUGUACAGAAAACUAAAACAAUAGCUAAUCUACGCAUUUUUGUAGAACAAGCCAUCAGGCGGCUGAAAACAUUCCGUAUAAUCAAAGCUGGGAUCUUUAUACAUGCAUCAGGAGUUCUGCACUUCCUGUUGGAUCGCACGGCAUUGUGGGUAGGCGGGCUCAGAAAAGUGGGCAUCAACUUGCAGCCUCGCCAUAUUGGAUUACAUCGAGUGGAAUUACAUCGAAUUACACGUGCAGGAAUUUAUAAGAAGAACCAAAUAAAAGGUAUUUUAAAGGUAAGCUAUUGUUUCAUUACCUCUUGGCAACGUCAUUCUAACGAUUUUAGGCUGCAGAGUGUAGUCGAUUUGAGAUGGCACGAGUAUGAUUUUUGCUUAUUUUAUACUCAGACUUACGUCGUAUUUCUUUUGUUUAAAUGUAGAUUAACUUUGUCCAUCAGGCGGCUGAAAACAUUCCGUAUAAUCAAGAACGAACUGCCCACCUCUCUUAUUGGUAAUCUUGAUAACAUUAUCACUGUCUGUGCUGCAUUAUGCAAUUUGUACAAGCCUCUUUGCAAGUAA